UAGCACCGAUGAGUGAGGGCUGAGGAGACGGCGCGUGGCAGCUCCGGGCAAAGAACGCUCUGGAGUGUGAGUCUUCAGAAGCCAUUCCUAUAAUUUUCCGGAACUACGCGGGAUUUAGAAAGUGAGAGAUGGCUGGAGAGCAGGCAGCAGUUGACAUCACUCCCAACAAGGAUGGAGGGGUGCUGAAGCAGGUGUUGCAAUCUGGAGAAGGAGAAGAGGGGCCAUUGCAUGGUGACAAGGUGUAUGUACACUAUGUAGGCACCCUCCUGGAAGAUGGGUCCAAGUUUGAUUCUAGUCGAGACAGAGGAGAGCGUUUUUCCUUUACUUUAGGCAAAGGUGAAGUGAUCAAGGCCUGGGACCUUGGUGUGGCCUCAAUGAAGAAGGGGGAGCUGGCUAGGCUGACCUGCAGGAGUGACUAUGCCUAUGGGGAGCAGGGCAGCCCACCCAAAAUCCCAGCUAAUGCCACACUUGUCUUUGAGGUUGAGCUGUUUGAAUGGCACGGAGAAGACUUGAGCCAAAAGAAAGAUGGUGGCAUCAUCCGCAGAAAUGUCACAGCAGGAGAGGGCUACCAGACACCUAAUGAUGGUGCCUUGUUGAAUGUGCACAUCAUUGGUCAAGUCAAUGGAACAGUGUUUGAUGAGAGAGAUGUAAAGUUUCCUCUUGGUGAAGGUUCUGAAUACAACAUUCCUGAAGGCUUGGAAACUGCCCUUGAAAAAUUCAAGAAAGGUGAAAAGUCCGUCAUAAAGCUUUCACCGAAGUAUGCCUUUGGAGCUGAGGGAAAUCCUUCCCUUGGAGUGCCACCUGGUGCCUCAGUGGAGUAUGAGGCUGAGCUGUGUAGUUUUGAGAAGGCCAAGGAGUCUUGGGAGAUGGAUCAAGCAGAAAAGAUUGAACAAGCCAAGACUUGCAAAGAGAGAGGGACACAGUUCCUGAAAGCAGAAAAAUACAAGCUUGCAGUGAAACAAUACAAAAAGAUUAUUGAUCUGCUGGAAUAUGAUGCUGGCACCGACUCCACUUCUUCUGAGGACGGCAGUGACUCAGGGGAGGAAGCCAGCAGUGAAGCCAACACCAAGGGUUUGGAUGAUGAAAAGAAAGCAGAAAGUCAAAGUGUUCUACUAGCCGGACACCUCAAUCUCUCCAUGGUAUACUUGAAGCUAAAAGAUUACUCCUCUGUCCUGGAGCACGCCACCAAGGCAAUAGGCAUGGAUCCCAACAGUGUCAAAGCAUAUUUCAGAAGAGGCCAGGCACAGCUGAGCAUGGGUGAUCCUGCACUGGCACAGAAAGAUUUCCAGUCUUGUCUUAAUCUUGAGCAGAACAACAAAGCAGCCAAGCAGCAGCUGAUGAUUUGUGCACAGAAAAUCAAGGCAGACAAGAUGAGAGAAAAGCAGCUAUAUGGUGGAAUGUUUGAAAAGUUUGCAAAGCAGGAUAUGGAGAAAAAGAAGACCGAGACCAAGAUGGAUACCACUGAAGAAAAGUCUGAAGAAAAGCCAGAAGUUGUUAGCUAACUGACUUCCUGCAUAUUCUUAGAUUAUGUUUGGCAUCAAUAUUAAUGUGGUCAGCAAAAUUUAGAGAAGUAUACAUUCAAAAUUUCUGAUGUAAAUGUGAAAUAUUCAAGCCUUGCCUUAUUCUCUGGUGAAAGCAUACCUAAGACUGAUUUCCUUCCAUUGCCAUUGUGAGGGAAGUCUGCUGUUCUGCUCUCGUGUGCAGAUUAUUAUUAAUUUUUAUAUGUUUACAUCAUGAUGCUGAAUGUGGUUAAUCAAAUUGUGGGUAGAGAUCUUAUGUAAUUUUUAAAAAAAUUUUAUGUAUUGUGGAGCUAUUUAUUUUGAUAAAUAUCCAGCAAGAUCUACGGUGAUUGUGUGGACCAUUUUUCAUUCCUAUGGAAGUUUGUAAUUGUAGCUGUGCAAAAGGAUCUUAAUGUUUGAAUUUUGAUACUUUUGAAAACUACUAGCACUGCUAUAUAUAGAACAGAAAAAUGAACUUGAAGUCUAGUGAGUCAAGUUUUUAACAAGCAGCAAGACAUUACAUCAUAUGUAGAGCACAUUUACAUCUGAAGGAACUCUGAUACAUUUCAUGCCUGACAAGUUAUUAUUUAAUUUGGAUGGAACAGAAAUGUAGUAUAUGUCACUCUUUUAGGUGACUAAUUUUUAUUUACAUUUUAACUUCAGUACUUACACUAUUACUAGAUUAAUAAGUGAUUUUUGAAUUGAUGUUUGUGGUGUUACAGACUGAACAGUUGUUGUCUGAAUUGUUUCAAGUUACAUCUCAUCUGAGAACACACAGUGAUUGUUGGUGUAGAUUUGUUAUUAUUUUAGUUAUCUUGUUCAGCAUUUUGCUCCUAAUAAAGACUGUGAUGACACCAAUUGCCCCCUUGAGACAGCAUUUGCUUGACAACUCUGUUGGUAUAACAUAUGUCAAUAAAAAAUGCUUGAUUAAUCUCACAAA